AAUAACUGAUUUAAAAAUAAGGCGGGAAUUACAAGGUUAAAGGUCAUGCUAAUUGUAUACCCCUGAGAGAGAAGAUGGCCGACGAUCAGAUUCAGUUCGAAACGUUGUUAAACACAUUACUGAAUCCAGAUAACAGCAUCAGAGUGAAAGCAGAGGAAGCAUAUGAAGGCAUAACAUCAGUAUCAAAAUUACCAUUCCUUGUGACAGCCCUGAAAAACAGAAAUUUGUUGGUGGAGGUUCGGACUCUUGGGGCUGUCCUGUUACGACGUUUGUUUGCAAACAAUUUUGAGGAAUUUUGGCCUCAGGUUCCUGUUGAUAUUCAAAAUGCAGUGAAGGAACAGAUCCUGAUCAUCAUUCAAGAGGAGGGCACUCCGCCAGUGCGCAAAAAAAUCUGUGAUGCCGCGGCAGAGUUAGCCAGGAAUCUCAUCGAUGAUGAAGACAGCAUGACAUGGCCGGAGGUUCUCAAGUACAUGUUUGAAUGUGCUAAUUCAGCUGAUGCUGGUCUACGAAGUUGUGCUCUCCAUAUUUUUGGUCAGGUUCCUGGAAUAUUCGGAAACCAGCAGGCUCACUACUUGGAUGUGAUCAAACAAAUGUUGUCCAGGUGUAUGAAUGAUACAGGGAAUUUCGAGGUGCAAUCUGAGGCAGUUAAAGCCUUGACAGCUUUUCUGUCAGCCAAUGACAAUUCUCCUUCUAUACUUACACAAUUUAAAGACUUCAUUCCAACAGUGAUACAGCUAACAAAUGACAGUGUGACUGCUCAGGAGGAUGAUGCGUUGCUGAAAUGCAUGAUUGAACUUGCUGAAAAUGUUCCCAAAAUUUUGAGAUCCCAUAUGGAAACUAUUUUCCCAUUCUGUCUGAAGGUUGUUUCGGAUUGUAAUUUGGAGGAUUCCUGGAGACAAUUAGGCCUAGAGAUUAUUGUCACAAUGUCUGAGACAGCACCAGCAAUGGUGCGAAAAAAUGCCAAGUUUAUGCCAUUGUUAGUACCUCAGGUGUUGGCCAUGAUGGUGGACUUGGAGGAAGAGCCAGAAUGGUCGCUCCAGGAUGAACCCGAGGAAGAAGAUACAGACAGCAAUUCAAUAGCAGCAGAGAGUGCUUUGGAUCGUUUAGCCUGUGCACUAGGAGGAAAGACCAUGCUGCCACACAUUUUAUCAAAUGUCCCUCAGAUGUUGCAAAAUAAUGACUGGCGAUACAGACACGCUGCACUGAUGGCUAUCUCUGCCUGUGGAGAAGGCUGCCACCAACAGAUGGAAACAAUGCUUGGAAAUGUGUUGGAGGCCAUCCUACCCUUCCUCAAAGACCCACAUGCACGGGUUCGGUAUGCUGCUUGUAAUGCUCUGGGACAGAUGUGUACAGAUUUUGGUCCCGUGUUUCAGAAGAAAUUCCACGACAAGUUAGUUCCCAGUUUGCUUCAAGUACUUGAUGACAAUGCUAAUCCCCGUGUUCAGGCCCAUGGUGCGGCGGCUCUUGUAAACUUCAGUGAGGAAUGUCCUAAAGCUAUCUUAUCCCAGUAUCUUGAUGUCAUCAUCCUGAAAUUGGAAGAGGUUCUCAACAGCAAGUUUAAAGAGCUGAUGGAGAAAGGAACAAAGAUGGUUUUGGAGCAGACCGUGACGACCCUAGCAUCAGUGGCUGACACUGCUGAGGAGAAAUUCACCUCUCAUUAUGAUAGGUUCAUGCCCUCUCUGAAGUAUAUUGUGCAAAAUGCUGUCCAGCCAGAGUUACGGUUACUGAGAGGCAAAACGAUAGAGUGUAUCAGCUUGAUCGGAUUGGCUGUUGGAAAAGAAAAAUUUUUGCAAGACUGCAGUGAUGUCAUGCAGCUUCUUCUGAAACACCAAACAGCACAGGAACCCAUGGCAGACGACGACCCACAGCUUUCAUAUAUGAUAUCGGCUUGGGCCAGAAUGUGUAAAAUUAUGGGGAAGGAGUUUCAACAGUAUCUACCAAUUGUUAUGGGACCUGUUUUGAAAGCAGCGUCUCUCAAACCUGAAGUUGCCUUAUUAGACAGUGAAGAAAUCAAAGACAUGGAAAGUGAUUCUGAAUGGCAGUUUGUGACCGUCGGUGAUCAGCAAAGUUUUGGAAUUCGGACAGCUGGUCUCGAAGAGAAGGCUACUGCUUGUCAGAUGUUGGUGUGCUAUGCCCGAGAGUUAAAAGAAGGUUUUGCUGAAUACGCAGAGGAAGUGGUUAGAAUCAUGGUCCCGUUACUCAAGUUUUACUUCCAUGAUGAUAUCCGAAUUGCUGCAUCAGAAAGCUUGCCAUUCUUGAUAGACUGUGCCAAAAUCAGGGGUGACCAAUUUGUAGCUGAAAUGUGGCAGUUUAUUUGUCCCAGUCUACUGAAAGCUAUUGAGAUCGAACCUGAAACUACCGUAUUGCCAGAGCACAUGAACUCACUUGCCAAGUGCAUUGAAAAACUCGGUAGAGGUUGUUUAUCAACAGAAAACCUGCAGCUUUUGAUUCAGUUAGUGGAGAGACAGUUACAGGCACACUUUAAAAGACAGGAGGAACGACAGGAAAAACGAAGAGAUGAAGACUAUGAUGAAGAUGUGGAGGAUACACUAUUGGAUGAGGACGAUGAAGAUGUGUACAUUUUGAGUAAGAUUUCUGACACCAUCCACUCACUAUUUGGAACGCACAAAGAAGAAUUCCUGCCAAUGUUUGAACAACUGCUUCAUCAUUUUGUCAAGUUACUGGCUGCAGAUCGGCCGUGGUCUGACAAGCAGUGGGGCCUGUGUAUUUGGGAUGAUGUGUUAGAACACACCGGACCUCACUCAUGGAAAUAUCAGGAAUACUUCUUAAAGAGCAUGAUGGAAUUUGUUUAUGACAAGCAGCCUGAGAUUCGACAAGCAGCAGUGUAUGGUGUUGGUGUUAUGGCACAGUUUGGGACUGAUGUGUAUGCAGCAACAUGUGCUGAGGCAUUGCCAUUGCUGGUAAAGGUGAUACAGGAUCCUGAAUCUCGAAGCGUGGAGAACAUCAACCCAACUGAAAAUGCCAUAUCAGCUGUAACAAAGAUCUGUAAAUACAACAGCAGUCAGAUCAAUUUGAAUGAGGUCCUCCCUGUGUGGUUCAGCUGGCUGCCUGUGUGGGAAGAUGAAGAUGAGGCUGUUCAUGUGUACAGCUAUCUGUGUGAUCUGAUUGAGGCAAAUCACCCUUUGAUAUUGGGAAGCAACACAGAGAAUCUGCCUCGUGUCAUCAGCAUAAUUGGGGAAGCCUUGAGCCGGGAAUCUAUUUCUUCUGAGGAUGAUUGCUACCCUCGAAUGUUGAACAUUGUGCGACAAGUUCAGGGAAACCAGGAGUUGUUCCAGGCCUGUAUACAACAACUAUCAGCUGAGCAGAAAGAGGCAUUAUCAAAAGCAUUGUCCGAGGGCUGAUAAUGUACAAACUAGUCAUCAAAUUGGACAUACUAUCUUGGUGUGUGGCAAAAUACAUGUAUAAGGAAAAAUGGUGUGAUCAUAGCUUACAGAAAUUGCUUAGCUUUUUACAUUGCUGAAGACGAGGGCUUUCAUACACUUUCAGGAUUCAAUCCUACAAAACAACUUCUGUGCAAUUGUUAUGAAUGCUGUGCAUGUGAGAGUGAGUCGGCCAUUGAAUGCAUGACGUUUGACAAACCCAAAUGAUGUGCACACUUGCUUCCAGUUUAAUACACAACCUAGAGAGUACUCGACAAACUUCAUCAAAAGGAGAAAACGUGUGGAAUUUUCUAUCUUGUUGUUAUGGAGUUAAUUCACAACGUCUCGAAUACUCGACACAUCUCACCAAAUGGAGAGGAUAUGUUGGAAUUUUCCAUCUUGUUGCUAUGGAGAUUAAUACAUAACCUUUCGAGUAUCCGAAGAACUCCAUCAAAAGGAAAGGAUUUGUGGAAUUUCUUCCUUGUUGCUAUUGCUAGACAUUUUUAAAUAAUUCAAAAUUAGAUUCAACUUGUCAAAUAUUAUUUAUUGAUAGAAGUUUUAAUCCAUUAAGUUUGUUGCAGUUGGCAAAUUCACUUGAGUUUGUUUCUCAGAAGAUAGCUAAGAUACAGGAGACUGGUUCAUUGAGGAAUGGAAAAGUUCUGUGCUGAUCCAGUUCUUCAAAAACAUAAAAGGGUUGUGAUAAUUUUGACGCAAGGUCUUUAUUGGUUUUAACAUGUUGAUUGAGUCCAUUACUUCUGGGGUAAUUUUGACAAUAGAAAUUGCUAUUUAGUGUACUUUUUUUAUUAACAGAAGUCUUAUUACUGUCAACUAUUGGCACUAAGUAGAAUAAUUUUGUUUAUAUGGUAUAAAUGUCUGCUUUACUAAAAGAUAAAUUUACCUGGAGUGGUUAUGCUCAACACAAAUUGUUACCUUUUAGUAAAGCACGUCACUAAGUUUUGUUAUCUUCAUUUUCUUUCUUUCUGGUGUUACAUGUACCUUUGAUUUUCAUAUAUGAAUUCUCAAUGUAUUUAUUAUUACUGGUAUGUUUAAUAAUAUGCAGUUACAGAAAUGCUCCUCGAUUUAGCUAUUGAAUUAGUAUGUGUUGCUACAGUGCUUUUAUUUUUAUUUGAUGGACUUCUUAGAAAUAAGCACGUGUUUACAGAAGUUUUACACAUUGAAGUCAAUUUGACAAGGGAUUAUUGAAUCUUCAAAACAUGGAUGUAGCCAUCAUUUAUUUUUCUCUCACUGAAAUUUCUAACAGCAUGCGAAACAGAAGAUGUGAAGUAGUGCUCCGAAAGGAAUGACUGGCCGAAGAUUUAGAGAUAUUAUAUAUGUUAAAAAAAAUCCUUUUUUGUUGAUUAAUUUUCAAAUUGAAUUGUCACACUAAACAAUUAUCCAACUUUUACAAAUAACCUAUGCAGGAGAAAGUUGUAAAAUGCAGGAUUUAUUUGGGUUGGUCGCAGAAAUUUGUGUCUUAGAACAUCACAGUUACUCCUAUUUUUAACUUGGUAGUUAAAGACAAAUUUGAAAACAUGAAUGUACUGUCAAUCCACAAAUUUAUAUGCUUAGAAUCUGUUCAGCUGGAAAAUUGACUACAUGAAAAUGGGUUAUUUCACUAUUAAAUGUUUUUUUUUUAAAAAAGAAUUAUCAUGAGGGCAGACUUGGUUUCCAGAUUUUUUAUUUUUAAAUGCAUAUAUAUAUUUCCAUCCUUCGUUCCACUGGUUACAGUAAAUACGUAAAAGAUGGAAAAAUGUCGAAGACAAAUAGCUACUAUUGUUUAUAAUGAUAUGCAACUAAAUAAAAAUUAUACAAACCCCU